AUGACAGAGGGCAAAUCUCCCAGGCAGCCGGAUAUUCAAUAUCAUCCGGACUAUGAGAAAUACCAAGCACGCACUGAGCAGCGUAAGGCUACCGAAGUUCUUACUAAAGAGUUACCUGCUGGAUUCCCAGCGGAGUUGAUCUCGCCUCUAGUCUGGGAAGGGAAAGACAUCGAAACCAGGAAUGAUUGGAUCUACGAGUUGAGUGAAAAGCAAUUGAAUGAAAUUGAUGAAGCCUUGAAGACAUUCAAAUCAUUGAACUUGGUCUUUGGGUACAUAAACCAAUCAACGUUUCCGCUUCCUAGUCUAGGGCCUAUCCUCCGAGGCCUUUCGAAGGAAUUGCACUUCGGUCGUGGCUUUUUCGUCCUUCGUGGGCUUCCUGUUGAUAACUAUUCACGUGAAGAGAAUGUUAUCAUAUAUGCCGGAGUGUCAUCCUACGUCGGCAAUAUCCGUGGACGACAAGAAGAUACGAGGUUCGCCAAUGGGACGUCACUGGUACUUUCUCAUAUCAAGGACUUGUCUGACAAAACUCGAAAGAAUGUUAUUGGUGCCCCUUCCAACACUGCUGAUAAGCAGGUAUUUCACACAGAUGCGGGGGAUGUCGUUUCCCUUCUGUGCUUGCAACCAGCAAUGGAAGGGGGGGAGAGCUACAUUGCUAGCAAUUGGCUUGUGUAUAACGUCCUAGCAAAAGAGAGGCCUGACUUGAUUCACACCCUCUCGCAAGACUGGCCCGUUGAUGGUUUCAACGACCCCCAAAAGCCCUACACCAACCGGCCCUUGCUUUAUCAUCAAGCCGCUACCCCUUCUACCCCGGAGCGGGUUGUGAUCCAAUAUGCUCGGAGAUACUUUACAGGAUUUCUCUCACAACCACGGUCGUCCAACAUCCCCCCGAUUACCGAGGCCCAAGCCGAGGCUCGCGAUGCGCUUCACUUCCUUGCUGAAGAACAUGCCGCUACAUUAGGCUUCCGCAAGGGAGACGUCCAGUAUAUCAAUAAUCUCAGCAUAUUCCACGCCCGGAAUGCAUUUCGAGAUGAGCCUGGUAAAGAGCGCCAUUUGAUGAGAUUGUGGCUUCGUAACCCCGAAUUUGCCUGGGAGACUCCCAAGCCACUUCGUACCCGCUGGGACAAUGUAUUCAAGGAUGUCAAUGAGGAGGAACAGGUAUUCCCAAUUGAGCCGAGAAUUAGAAAGACAGUGGGUUCAUGA